GUUUGAAGAAGAACAAUAACAACUUUAAAAUGAAGCUAGCCUCAAUGUUACUAUCUGUGUUGUCACGGACACCACAAGGGUACAGAGACAAAGAAACCUGGAGCAGCUUGUUCCUGCAGUCUGGGCGGGGCCAAUGCUGUGACCGUUCCUAGAAGCCACACCUUCCACUCCUUAUCCAAUCAGAGCCCUGACCACGCCCAGGAGGAGGAAGGGUCACCGCGGCAACGGCGCAUCACAGUUGCAUCAUUCAUGCCACAGCCUAAUGACCAGAAUGGAAGCUUCCCAGAGAAGGAUUUCGACAGACAAGGGGGAAAACCUCUAGGAGAGUUGAACACAGAAGAAGUCUGCCAGUGGUUCAGCAGUAUUGGCCUUCAGAAAAGCCUCCAGUUCAUCAGAGAGGCAGAGCUGCGUGGGGCUGAUAUAGCCUCCAUAGACCUCACCACCCUCGAUGUCCUUCACAUCUCCAGCCUGCAGGAGAGAGAGCAGCUUUUGUCAGCCGUCUACAGAGAACUGCACCCACCAUCCACGACCUCACAGAGACUGGACUUACUACUGGAAACCUUGGAUCCUAAUGACGUAGAGAAAUUCAUAGCAGCAUUAGUGAAUAUGAGCAAAUCAAAGUCCUCUCUGCAAAUAAGCUGCCUCAACAUGAAUCCAAUGAAUUCCUUCAAGUUCAGCCCUAACCCGAUGGUCCAGAGGAACUCUCAGCUGAUGGAGAUCACCAUAAAUGGUUCUUCAGAGGAGCUGAUACCAGACCAACAUGUAUCUGAUCUGGUGAUCUCCGAGAACCAACAACUAGAGCUGCAGCUGUGCCAAAAAGCGAAGUCUAAAAGUGUAAGCAAGGCCCCAACCCCCGGUGUUAAUGGUUACCAUGACAACGGACAUGUCAGUCAGAACCGCCAGAUACAGCCGAUACAGGUGGUCAGCCUGCCAGGUAAAGAGGAAAAGAUCCGGGAGCUCAACCAACAGGUGGACUCUCUACAAAACGUUAUCCUACAGGUGCAGGAGAUCCACCACGGCCUGGUAGCAUUCUGUUCGGAGCUGAAGAGCAUGGGUGUAGAGGUGGACACGUCAGGGCUGAGCUUCCCUGAGCUGGAGCAGCGCCUGGGGCUGGCUAUGAGACUGCUCAGGGACAAGAGACACAUUCUACAGAGCCUCAGAGAGACCAUGAGAGAUGCAGGCGCUCACAGGAACAAGCCAUCAGAGGUUUGUCUUCUGGAUAAGAUGAAGUUGAACUGUCAGGUGUUUAAAGAAGAGAUCUCCCUGGUUUACAUCAACAGACAGGUGUCACGUCUACAGACAGCACUACAAGACAGUCUAGAAAAGGCUUGUGGAGGUGAAUGGGGUACCGGUGAACGAUGAUGGGGUACAGUGAAGAGGAGCUGAGCCCCCUACUCCGCCAGGGACCAAGUGCUCAGAUAAUCAUCUUGAGGAGACCUCCUCCUCCUCCUCCUCCUCCCAGACCCCCCCCCCCCCCCUUUGAAGCAAAAUCCUCCAUUAGGAUACACCUAGUACCACCAGGCUGAUCCCAUCUACUAUGAGAUUGACACCCCAUAGACACCAGGCUGAUCCCAUCUAUCUUUAAGCAUGACAGUGUAGUCCAGAACAGCACUGCCGCCCCCCGGCUCCAUGAGGUCUAAGUCCAUCAACCCUGUCAACCAACAAGCUGAGACCCACAACCUGGUAAACCCUGAGCCCCUCUCUACUCUACCACCACAAUGAGCAUCAGGAAUCUGGGGUCUCCACUGAAUCUCUCUACUCUACCACCACAAUGAGCAUCAGGAACCUGGGGUCUCCACUGAGCCCCUCUCUACUCUGCCACCACAAUGAGCAUCAGGAACCUGGGGUCUCCACUGAGCCUCUCUACUCUACCACCACAAUGAGCAUCAGGAACCUGGGGUCUCCACUGAGCCCCUCUCUACUCUACCACCACAAUGAGCAUCAGGAACCUGGGGUCUCCACUGAGUCCCUCUCUACUCUACCACCACAAUGAGCAUCAGGAACCUGAGGUCUCUACUGAGCCCCUCUCUACUCUGGAGACUGAUGUCUCUACUGAGCCCCUCUCUACUCUGGAGACUGAGGUCUUUACUGAGCCCCUCUCUACUCUGGAGAUGGAGGUCUCUGGUCCAUAGUAAAGUACGCCUGUUCCAUUUGUUAGUCCCUGUAUGGUCCAUAGUAAAAAAAAAUACACCUGUAGAUCUGCUCGUAACAAGAAGGACUCUGAAUCCACUAGAGAACACAGUGUUAAUGUUUGUGAACUGUUUGCCCUGCUGAACGUACCGCAGAUAUGUUGUAAAGUAGUAGAUGGCAGAUGUUUUAGUUUAGAUCGGAUGUUUCUGUUUCAUGUCAGUGUUAUUCGUCCCUGAUUCUGAUCAGAAGUACAUCCUUGUCUUUUGUUUUAUUGAUCCUUCAUUUAACCAGGAGGUCAGAAGAUCUCUUCAAGGGGACCCAAGGGAGAACUUCCUGUCAACUGUCAACUUCAUUAUGGGUUUGUCUUAAUGAUAUGUUCCCAUUGAAACCCACAUGGAUAGGACUCAACGUUUGGUUAACACACACACACACAAUCCUAAUGUCUUAUCCAUAUCGUCCAUUGGAUGGGUGGAUCACUCAGAAACAAAAAUAUGUAUAAAAAUCAUAUGUCAUGGGAAAAAGAGAGAGUUUAUGUCCAUUCAACCAUGUCGGUGAGGUAAACAUGAAUAAAUCUACGUUUAAACUAUAA